UUAAACUAUCAUUGCUAAUCCACAGUCUCCUCCAUGGCUUCCAUCGUUCCCCGGACAGCUUCCCCAGGCACUGGGGUCUUCAUCACUCGCCAUGGUGCUUUUGUGGUCCGCUCAGAUUUGGGUUAUUUCCUUCAAACGCUCGACUUCUGCUCAGGACAAGAUAUCAAAGUACAGCCACUCCACCCUGCUUGCCGUGGAAAGGACCACUAUGUGGGAGACCCCAGCAGUUCAACCAUCUUUCUCCUCCAUGGGGACUCCUUCUGCCAAGUGUCAGACCUGAACUCCGAGCCGCCCUCUGAUGUCUUCCCAUUGCAUCCCAGCUGCCAAGAAGGAGACCAAUAUGCUUCCUGCGAGGGAUGCUUUUUUAUCUUCUUCCUGUCACGAGGGGUGGCCCUCUCCGUGGCUAAUCUGGCCACUGGAGCCUUGAUUAAGGAGAUCCACCUGGAAUCCACCCUUCUCGAUGGGCUAUACUAUUAUGGUGCUGAUGCUGCCCGUCUAGUUUGCUUCAGGAUGGAUGAGGAGCAACACCUUUGUGGCACCAGUUUUGCUAUCACCGCAGGACACAAGGAGUCCUUUGUGAUCCACCCAGACGUGGUCUCUUUCCUCCCAGGUGGACUGUCCCUCACCCACGGAGCUGCCUUUGGUGAAUGGCAAUGCCUCAAACUCCUCUCCAAUGCAACCGACCUGCCUGUGCCCAGUAGCUAUGAAAUAUCCCGCAAGGUUGGCUAUUCCAAGUUGGAACUUGGGCUAAAAGCUCAUGUCGACGAAUCAGUGGAUCCAGAGUCCCUGGCAAUCUCCCUUCUCCAGCACCAGUUUGCCCUCCCUGCAACUUAUGGAGGGGUGGGGCUGCAGACUGAGCAAGAAGAAUGGGAAGAAGAAGCAGAAGAAGAAGAACCCCUCCGGGUGAUCCUGCAACCCAGGCAAAAGCUGUACUGGUGGCAUUACUGUCUGGGGUUGGGCAAGAAACCCAUCCUGUACUGCCGGUCACUGAAGAUCACCCGCAGUCCCUCACCCCCUACGCACAUACCUUUGCCACAGGCUGAUGUUUGAAGUCAGACUUCAGGACGGAAGCGUUUAACAGGGGCAGGAAGAAAUAAAUGUCUGUAUAUGAA